GCGCCGACAUUUAUGAGUUGACGCUGCGCGGGUAAACAGCGCGCCGGAAUAUGUCGCAUUUGAAAGUUUUGCGCGGGAAUUUGGCGCGCCAAUUUUUUAAUUGUGCGAAAAAUGGCAGGCGGGCAAAGGCAUACCGUAUGCACAGCAGGGCUUUGGCCACUCAGACGGCGCCCAACCUGGACAACAAGUACCUGAACUCUCCCUGGGGAGAAAUACAAGUUGGAACAGAAACUGUUACCGAUUACGUCUUCGGGGACCUCGAGUUAUGGGCGGACAAACCCUCUGUGACAUGCGGCGUCUCCGGUCGCUCCUACGACUACGGUAUGCUGCGGAUGAUGAUCGAGCGCUGCGCCUCCGCCCUGCUCGCCGGCCUCAAGCUGUCCCCAGGGGAACACGUCGGGCUCAUCCUGCCGAACAUUCCAGAGUUCGCCGUGUUGAUCCACGGAGCAAUGAGAGCUGGACUCGUGGUGACGUUCGCUAACCCGCUGUAUACCGCAGAUGAGAUGAAGAGGCAGUUCGCGGAUUGCAACGUGAAAGCGAUCGCUACCAUCGAGAUGUUCAUGCCCAUCGCGGCGCAGGUCAGCCAGGCCCUCAAGGACUACAAAGGCACCAUCUGGGUCGGCGGGGAGGACGAUAAAGCCAAAGGCAUAUUCGGCCUCCGCUCGCUUCUAAUGGCGGAUCUCAAGGCGGAUCUGCCCACCGUCAACAGUGAUGACGUGUGCCUCAUACCCUACUCCAGCGGCACCACAGGCAUGCCCAAGGGCGUCAUGCUGACGCACAAGAACUUGGUCAGCAACCUGAAGCAGGUGCACUGUCCGAAGGUCAUGAAAUAUGGAGGAGAGAAAGGACGUGGAGAUACAAUUCUUACAGUACCACCAUUCUUCCACAUCUACGGGUUCAACGGCAUCCUGAACUACAACCUUACUCUUGGAUACCACUUAGUAUCGAUGCCAAAGUUCACCCCAGACGACUACAUCAAGUGUCUGGUGGAGUAUAAACCGACCACUUUGUUCGUGGUGCCAUCACUGCUCGCGUUCCUGGCCACCCACCCUAUGGUGAAGACGGAACACUUGCAGUCGGUGGAGACGGUGAUGGUCGGCGCCGCCCCCACCACGGAUAGCAUGCUGGAGAAGUUUCUGCUUAAGUGCGAGAAGACUAAGGACGAUAUUACGUUGUUGCAAGGUUACGGCAUGACGGAGAGUGCCCCGGUGUCGCUGAUGACCCCCUACGUGUACCCGCACAACAAGGUGGGCUCUGUGGGGCAGCUGGUGUGCAGCACGCAAGGGCGUGUCGUGUCGCUCGUCAACGGGGAGAUGCUGGGCCCACACAAGUCUGGCGAACUCUGGAUUAGGGGACCACAGGUGAUGAAAGGAUACUGGAACAACGAAGCAGCUACAAAGGAGACGGUGGAUCCCGAAGGCUGGCUGCACACCGGCGACGUGGCGUACUACGAUGACGAGCACUACUUCUACAUCGUGGACAGGACGAAGGAGCUCAUCAAGGUCAAAGGGAACCAGGUAUCGCCAACCGAGAUCGAGAGCGUGAUAAUGGAACAGCCCGAAGUAGCGGACGUGGCCGUAGUUGGAAUGCCAGAUCCCCUCGCCGGAGAACUGCCCAAAGCCUUCGUAGUCCUCAAGCCCAACCACAAACUCACCGAGAAACAAGUAUACGACCUCGUCGCCCAAAAACUCACUAAAUACAAACACCUCGAAGGCGGAGUAGCCUUCCUUGACGCCAUCCCACGAAAUGCCGCCGGUAAAAUCAUGAGGAACGAACUCAAAGUGCUGGGACGGAAAAAGUAAUUCCAGUUUUAACUUAGUAUUAUUUGUUUAGGUAGUUAGGAUGACUCGUUAUUACGAGUAUUAUUACUUAGUGGUAUUAAGUAUGAUGCUACAAUACAACAUACUACUUAGAAGAUCUAGUUUUACUAGGAUUUGAUAGAGUAAUAGGACUGAUGUUACUUUUACUUAGGCAUUUUAGUUAAGUAUUGAAUAAUUCUAUUUUUAUAGAAAUGAUCUUUGUU